UUUCAGGUAUUGGAAAAUUUAACUGCAAAUAAGCCGGCAGAAAGGAAAAAGGAUGGUUCAUUUGAAGAGUCUUUCCAUAAAAGAAAUAAAGAAGAAAACCUUGCUUUCCAAAGCAUCAUUGGCGAUUUGACCUCACUGAGUCCUUUGAAUGAAAAAACAGGUUUGAAUCUCAUUCUCUAUAGAAGCCUAAUGCUCUCUAAUGCCCCAAAGUCUUCGCAUCUUGUGAAUCUGAAGCGAUUUUGUUAAGUAGCUAGUAGCCAUUAAAUCUAAAUAAAUAAAUAAACCAGUAAGUCAUUUUUUCUUUCCCCCCUCAAGGUGUUCCUUCCCAUCAUUUCUUUACAGAUAUUUGCCGCUCAAUGAGGUCAUGGUUUUGACACUCCCUGGGUAUCAUUUUAAGAUGCAUUUCCUUCAAUGCAAAUGGGCCUUAAAGCAUUAAAUUAAAAUUAUGGAACAAGGCUUUAAGCAUCAGCCUAUUUCUAAGGCAGGGUAACAUUUUGAGUGAAAAUUCUCUUUAAAAAGGGAUCCACAUCUGGAGACUUAUAUUGGCAUGUACCCUCCCAAAUAUACCCAAGUACCUGCUUUAUAUUUUCCCCCUGAUAACUUAAAACUUUUCAAUUUCCAUUGUAGGUUGGAGUAGGGUCAAGUGUAAUUUGUGCAAAUGACUUUCAAUGUCAAUUUUUCACCUACUGCAUGAGAAUAUUCCUGAAUAGUACAGUCUAAACACUCAAGUCUUAAUCAGAAGCACUAUCACUGACAAUAACAACUGUGGCUGUCUGAGCCUAAUGCUCCCAAUUUCUUACAAGGAUCAAACAUGUGAACCUAUGGACAUAUGUCAGAUUCUCAACAAUACUGGAAAGGCUAUGUGAUCAUGUAGACUAUCAUGUCCUACCAGUAUAUUCAUUUGUUGUGCAACCCGAGAUUCAGCAAUUUUACAAAAAUGGUAAAUUUUAACCAAAGUCAAACAUGCAAAAUGAAGAAAUGUAGCUGAAGUUAGAGUAACAGCGAUGUCAUAUGAUAUCCAAGUGAAAAUGACUUCAACUUAAGCUGUUGAAUUACCUGUCAAUGUCACUGAAACCGAACCAUUUCAGUACACACCCUCACCUGGAUAAUCACAAGUCCAAUUGGAUUUUUCGUGGCUCAAACACAACUGCAUUAACUGGUAAAUUGGUUUAACAAUAUGCUUCAAUUUUCUACCUUUGUUUAACAUUUACAUCAUUUACAACUCUUCAACCAUCACAUCCCCACCUUGUUAUUUUAUGGGUUUUAAGAUUUACAUGACAUGGAAAGUAUUAUAUGUUAUGCAAGAGAUACUAUGAUUAAGUAUUAAAUACCAUUUAAAGAUAGGUUUUCCAUUUAACUUACUCAUAGCGGCAGACUCAUAGCCCAACAUGAGAUCACAGAGAGGUUAGUGAUUCCUCUUGUUAUGAGUCAUAACACUUUGAAUCCUUCUCAUUGAUUGCAGUGCUCCAGGUGAUAGAAGCUCGUUUUCAAACAGGCAAAUUUUACUCUUGGGCAGGUAAUUGUCAUCACAUACUGAUAUCACUAAGAAUUUCCAUUCUUUACCUGUUCAACUUUGAAAUAAUAUCACUAGCUCACCUGAUGCCUAGGCAUCACUUUUAUUUCAAUGUACCAGCUCCCCAUUUUUUUCAACCAGCUUUCAUAAAAGGCCAUAAAACCUGUAUAGCAUCCCUCUGAGAGUUUUUGAUGUGGGACAUGAGACUCUCUGCCCUAUAUUUUCCACUUUGCAAAGCUUCCAUAAGGUAACGACUGAUAUUUUAAUCUGAUCCACAGGUGUUCCACUCAUUGCAGUCAAUCCAUUCCAAAAUGUUGCAGAUCUCUAUGACAGUGCAACGGUUGAGAAAUACAAGAGAAUUGGGCCAAGUGAAAUAAAGGUUAAGGAUCCAACACUUUGUCACAUCUGCUGCGCUACAUGAACUAUUUGAAAAAGAAUCGUGGAGCUCCUUGUUCAAAGCACACAUGCGGAGCCCCAUGGUUAAGAAAAUAUGGUAACCUUCAAAGCCAAGAAAAUUUGGUAGUCACGUAAUAACAUCAUCGAUGAGUCGCAAUGCGAGCACAGUGCGAGACAAUUAUGUUGCAACCUGUGGGAAAUUUAAAUAAAGCGAGGGGCAGGAAUUACUUAACUAUUAAUAGUGCUCUUUGUUUCUGCUCGGUCGAAACUACGUUUUUGCAAUCAAGUAAAUUGUACAGUUAGUCAGGCAACCUAAGGCAUAUUAUAUGAUGUACUAAUUUGAUCGUAUAUUUCAUUGAAGGAAUGCCCGCCUCAUAUAUUCGCCAUUGGUCAGAAAGUGUAUUGCGAUCUCAGGAGAGAUAUGGAAACCAAGAACCAGUCCGUUAUCGUCAGUGGCGAGAGUGGCGCGGGAAAGGUUAGUAGAGGGAGUGGAAUGGAAAUGUUUAAAAUAAUUGGAAUACAGUUAUUUACAAGCUUUAUUAUUUUUGCAGACAUGGACAACACGAAAACUUAUGCAUUUCAUAACUGAUUUGACGAAUUCGAGGUAAGAAGCCUUCUUUCAUGUUGGAGACAUUUUCCGAUGUCUUGCGGCAAUUUUCCGUUUAGUUACUCCAUGGCAUAAAGAAAUACUAAGGUAAAUAACAUUUUCACCUUUUCCACACAGGAAAGACGAGAUUGCUAAAGUGAACAGAAUUGAGCAAAGGAUUCUAGAUUCGAAUCCCAUACUGGAAGCAUUUGGAAAUGCAAAGACCGUGCGCAACGAAAACAGUAGUCGAUUUGGAAAAUACAUCCAACUUCAGUUUGAUAGGUGAGAAUUAGCUCAAAGAUUAAAUAAAAAGUCCAUUUGUUGAUAAUAUUGAUUUCAUAAAAUAAGUAUUGAUUCUACUGUUCUUUUAUCUGAGCAAUAAUUUUACCGGACUGACGGAUUAAAGAGCAGGUUUUUUUCCCUCUUGUCCGUUCUUCGAUUAUCCUGAAUUUUACACAGAGACUUCACAGAGAAUUCCGAUGGGGUCACAAUACAUUGUUUUUGGAUCUUUGUGGUUUGCCGUGCCUUGGUAAAGGUUUACAACACAUCAAUUAACUAGAUGUACAGAACACAUUUUUCUGUUGGGUAUUCUGAGUAGGGUCAGGAGGAACAAAGGGGAAACGGUUUACUAGAGUGUAAAUGUUGAUAGAGAUGAGGACCUCAGAGUCAAAGUAGGAGCUCAGUACUACGGACUUUGGCUCUCGCUCAUUGUCAAACCGCAAAUAUUAUCUCAAGAAGCAGUAAUUGUAAUUAGGGAAAGAAUGAGGAUGUAAACAGACGUAACUCCAUUAAGUCUACUCUGAAUUGGUGCUAAUACAUUGUUGAUUUUUCAUAGGAACCAGAAGAUCGUCGGAGCAUCUAUCAACACUUAUCUUCUGGAAAAGACGAGAGUUGUACAUCAGGCUAAAGGGGAACGAAAGUUUCACAUUUUUGACCAGGUGAAAACGUAAACCGUCAAGAUGUAAACUGAAAAGAGUCCAGAUAUAUAUGUUUUCUAUCUCCCUUAUUAUGUUAAUAAGAACCCUUAAAUCCUAAUUUCAAGCCUUUUCUCUUGCAAAUUAGAUGACUUCGGCAGAAUGCCACCUCCAAGAUUCUUUGAGAAAUGACGAAUCAGCUUCUGCUGGUAAGAAUAUGUUCCCAUAAUGCACUGACGUCUCUUAACGCUGGCAACAAACGUGAGUAACACACCAGGAAAGAACUCUCUCCGUGUUUCGCGCGCGCGAGUUCCUGCCCGAGAAUCCCGGUUUGAUUGAGCACCCCUUGCACAGAGUAGUUGAUACUCGAUGAUGAUGAUGACUAUUUUUUAUUUAAUUGGAAAAAACUGCCAGUAAGUUUUACUUUGGUCAUUUUUAUAAACCUGGAGUGAAAACACAGAUUGACUUACUGAGAGUUAUCACUUCCAUUUCUGUAAAUUUUGAAGGUCACUUUUAUAGACCCAGGCUUACUUGCGCAAAUGCAUGCAAAUGUGACGAGCUCCAGGGAACCCUGAAUCUUAAGAUUAGUUACAAAUUACGAAUGUCACCCUUUGAACUAAUCUUGGAACCUUGCUCUAGGACUCUAUAACAAAGCUCGAGUGUUUCGAGCCGCGAUAAAGUUGCGUGUUUGAAGUGAAUUUUAAAAAAUCAAUUCUUUAAAAUGCUUUUAAGAGCCGGAAAUCUUGUGAAGAAAGAUCGUUAUCAUCUUAAAGGAUAUGAGUUCAUUAGAUAUGAUUUUCUCUGCAGCUCUCGAAGCAACAAAGCAAGCGUUGGAGAAUGUUGGAAUUGACCAUCAACUUCAAUGCGAAAUUUUUAAGGUAGGAACGGUGUAUUUAGAAAUUUCGAUUGCUGUCGGCAAUUCGGACGAGAGAUUGAAAUGAAAGCCCAGUGAAAACCUUGUUCUAAACAUGAUCCUUCUGAUGUUAAUGUAGAAUAGGGUAUUAUAUUAACAUGACAUGAACAAUUAGACGCCGCCUCCGAGGUUCACACGAGCAAAUCUACGACAUAAGAUCUGUUAUUUCAAGACUCUCGGAUAUCUCCAAAAGCGGGAAUGAUCCGUAAAAAUAACCAAGCUUCAACCACUUCAUUUCAUUUUACGUUCUUGUUUUAUUUUAUCGACUAUUUUUUCCACUCUAAUAUGAUUUAUCUCGAUGUACUACUGAAAAUUUAUUCCUCGUUUUAGAUCCUGAGUGGCAUUCUCAAACUUUGUGAUGUUCACUUUGCGGAUGGGAAUACGGCGACAACGAGCGAAAUUUGUUACGUUCAAGAUGAUCAAGGUUAGUGUGUACCAGCCAAAAAAAAAAUAGGUCCCAGGGAACUCGUUCUAUGGCGCGGAAUUCUUGAAGUGCGCCUCUUCAAUUUCACCAUGAUAACUGAAGUACUGGUGUAAUAAUCAAUGAGAUUUUUCAGGCUUACUUUCAUUACUGGGAAGAUCACUCUCAUAUUCAAAGGGCAAAUUGAUGGAAAGAAUGAAGUAGCUUCUAUGGAGGUAAAAGGGACUGGGGCAAGGAAUGGAUGAACGGACAGACGAGCGGAUAGACGGACGGAUGGAUGGAUAGAUGAAUGAAUGAAACAUUUGAGUCUGUUGAACGCAAACCACAGUUUUGAAGUUAAAAGGAAAACAACAUACAAAUAUUUGCCGUAGGAACACCCUUGGCCAUUUAGGAAUUGUUACUUUUUGUUCUGUCACAUUGUGCUGUGUUCAUUGCUCUUUAAACUGUCCGGUUCAGUUUCAGAAGUUUGUGAUUUACUGGGAACCGAAGCGCAGUCUCUAGAGCAAUGCUUGUGCUCACGACGAAUCACAACGGGUUCCACUGGCGAACAGUUCAUGAAGCCUUGCUCAACAUCAGAAUGCGUGGAGAGAAGAGAUUGUAUAGCCAAACUUGUCUACUCCAGGUAUGAUUUCAGUCUGGAAUUUGAUUACAGAAUAGAGGUUUGUGCACGACGCCUUAGAACUACUGAACCUAAGCUUCCCCCCCCCCCCCCCCCGCUUACCUUGAUGAUGUGACCUAAAAAGUUAUUUUCCGUGUGUGUCUCACACACGCGCCUAUUUUUUAUUUAUUUACUUUCCUAGAUUGUUCGACUGGAUGGUAAACUUCAUAAACAUUUCUAUCAGAGCACCGCCCGAUUCAAAACAUUCUUUCAUCGGUAAGAAUAGACAGAAAAUAAUUAUUAUUGUACUUAAGUUUUAUCCCAUCUGAAAGUAAAUGCUGAUUAAGAAGAUUUGGAGGAAGUUCAACUCAACCCUUAAUUUUCCAGGAUCUGGUUGGGAAUUCUCCUUUCUAUUCGCUAUACAUAUCUUUGAAAAUUAGCUCAGAGUAUUCGGUGUUAUCAGCCUCUAGCUUCUAACAUCUUAGUCUGUUAACCUUUUGGCUGGAUAAUGGCUCUUGUAAAGAGAAAUUACGGGAUGAUCACGUCGAAUUCUAGGAAUUAAAAGGUUAACCUCGAUCACAUUUAAGCUGCGCACAGAUUUUUCUAGACCAUUGGUUCGUCGUGGAUAAAAGCUAUGCUUGGAUAAAUGUUACCUGACCUUGACUUUAUGUCAGAAAUCACUCACUCUCUUCUGUUUCAUUCCAGGUCUUUUAGACAUCUACGGAUUUGAAAACUUCCACUUGAACAGCUUGGAGCAGUUAUGUAUCAACUAUGCUAACGAAAAGCUUCAACAACAUUUUGUGUACCACUUUAUGAAAAGACAACAGGUAUGUCGGUAUCGGCUUCUUUCUAAACAGUUUUGACAUUUUGAACAGUUCUUCAAACUGAUAAAACUUUGUAUAACGGUACCCUAUGAAAUAAUCACUGAAAAACUGACGAAUCAGUAUACACAAAUCGGACCGAUCACGCUUGACAGACAACACCUGCUCACCUGAGCCUGAGGAUAACGUCAGUCUAGAUUGACAAAACUUCUAUUACUACUUCCGCCAACAGUCAUUCUCAGGACUACACGAUCAAAAAGGUACCUCAGGUCGCCAGCAGUGGCGGAGCCGGGCAUGAAUUCGAGCACACUGACCAAUUUGACGCUUCUCCAUUUGCAUUCUAGGAAGAAUAUCAGAAGGAAGGUAUUGACUGGACCUUUCAAGAGUUCGUGGACAAUCGUCCGUGUUUAGAUCUCAUUGAAGGGAGGACAAGUGUCUUUUCGUUAAUGAACGAGGUAACAGAAUGUUUUGUGCAAGAUGAAUUCUUCAUGCGCUUUUUUCUCAGAUGGAUGGGAACGUGUUCCUUAUUUUAGUGAGUCAAGCACUAAUUAAAGCUUAUUAUUUUUCGAAAGUGAAAGCGCCAGAGGUAUUUUAACCCUCAAGAGUUACAAGCAUUUAGUUAUUCCUACAAUAUCACCCAUGAAUCAAACAUGGACGUCAUACUAAUAGAGGAAAAGCUUUUGAUUAUUGAAAAAAUUCUCCUAAAUGUAUAGAGAACGGUAUGGAGAAUAUGCAUACUGAUGUUAGGUUGCAAAGGGUUAAGAAUCACUCUAUACCUUCUGACAAAUGCCCUUUUCUCCUUGUUCCAGGAGUGCCGUUUGAAAAGAGAGCUGGACACUAACUCGUUCAGUACCCGCCUGAAGACAGCACUGGCUCAAAACACUCACUUUACUUGUCCGCGGUUUAAAAGUGAAAAUCACGAGUUCAGUAUUCAUCACUUUGCCGAGAGUGUCUCUUACCAAGUAGAAGGACUCGUCAAGAAAAACAAGGUCAGAUUUUUCGUCAUAUUCUACUAACCACUGACAGCAAACUAUAAUUUGGCGGGCAAAUAAAGUAAUUAAAGCUCAAGCUUACGUUGCUGGUAGUUUUGGGGGUUAGUAGACUAAGAUGAAGGCGGUGACUCAGCAACAAUGAGAUCUCCAACUCUCCGGGGGCUUCGACGCUCAUAACUUCGACGCCUCAUAUUGUAGCUUUUGAUUGGAACCCUCAAGGGAGAAAAGGCCGUAGCUGAUCUUAAACAAUCUUGUGUCAAGGCCUAAGGAAGGAUCUAGACAAGAUAUGCUUUUGUCCUAGAAAGUUGGAGAGAGUCAUUCUAGCACGUUACUCAUGUUUUCAUGACCCAUCACUAAUACUGUAACUUAUAUCGCAACAACUGCGAGGGGAGAGGACAGGGUCUUUAUUGCAACGUGUUCCACACUGUCUUCCUAUAUGUAACCCACUCCUCAUUCUUUUCAUUUGGUUAUCGCAGGAUUUUGUUCCACCCGAAGUAAUCGAACUGUUACAAAGCAGCACCAAUUCAUUGAUCCAAGAGCUGUUUCAAGCGAGAGAUCUUAUUCCAGACAGAGCUGGUGAACAAGAGGUAAUAAGUCAAAUUAGCUGUAAUACGAGGUUUGCUUUAAGUGAGCGUCACUUCACUUUUCAUAAUUUUGUCACCUUUUGCUUUGCAUUUGUUCUAGAAUGGACAGUUUCCAUUCAAGGAAAGCAGUAAACAUCGACAGUCCACAAUCACUGUUGUUCAUAAAUUCAAGGUAUUUGAGCAAGUCUUGUCCUUACAAAAAGGGUAUUGAUGCGUUUUCGUGGAGAGCAAUCAUAGUUGUGGGAGUUUCCGGUAUAGUCGCGAGAGGAAUGGAGAAGAGAAAAAAGAGCGAAAACGUGCUACCUCAACCUCGUUUCCACCCUCUCCCUUCAGCACACGGGAAAAAGAUGCUGUGAUUAGAAGACUGUCGUCAUUUCCCCAGGCUCAAACUGGCUAUGCCCCUGUUACAUUCAUAAUUCUUAGAGACAUUUCCAGUUCCGAUGAUGUUCUCGAAAUGGAGGUUCCACAGGAAGUGAAUCUGGUAACAGUUCUUUUGUAAAUGUGAUCAUUCAAUUAUUUCAUAAAUGUUUACGCUGUUCCUGGCUUAUUUCAGGAUUCACUCAACAGACUGAUGUCUACACUGCGUUCUACAAAUGUUCACUACAUUCGUUGUAUCAAGCCAAACUCCGAUUGUCAGCCCGGAGUAUUCGAUAGAAACCAGGUAUGUUAAUGAUCAGGGUGUGGACAGAAGGAUUUGUACUAACGUCUUAGAGGCAUUUUGAGGCAUACCAGGUUGUUUUGUUCUUGUAAGCUAUUACUCUAUCUUGACACAUACACCCCUAGACUAAACUUCCCUCCUCCCCCCCCCCAACCCCUCCCUCUCCUUCUACGUCGAUAAACUUCACUGUCCGUCCUUUUAGGUGUAAUAUAUCAGCAAAAUGUUUUCACAUACUCAGGUAAUGGCUCAGUUGAAUGCAUGUGGUUUGGUCGAGACAAUUCGAAUCAGCGCUGCUGGUUAUCCAAUCAGGUAAGCCCAGAAAACUGUAUUAAUCCUACCGCACAUCAAUAAUGAUAUCUACUCACUUCGCUAAAAUGAGCCAAAUCAUUGGACCAAUGCAUGUCCCACAUCGCGAUGUAACGUAACGGAAUGUAUCACGUAACGUAAUGCAUCAGGAAGUAUCUUCUUAUGAUGUGGUGGUGGUAUUCUGCCGUUUACAUUUUAAAGGUUGGUAGUACUGUGGGCGUAGUGUAGGAUCCAUACAUAGCUUCAUAAGUGGAGUCGGUGGAUCUGCACCACACACUACAAGAUUACACACAGUCAAUUAUGUUUAAAAAAGGCUAAUGCGAUAAUUGUUUUCGCAGACUAUCCCAUCAUGAAUUUCUCAAACGUUACAAUGUCGCCUUGAAGCAUAUGGACCCUGUUAUGAACAGUCACGUCACUUUUCCUCAAGCCAAGUCGCCGAGGACAGUAGAAUCGGCGUCUCCUCGCGUUCCCGCCUUGGAAAGACUCAAGCGUCGAUCGCGUCGGAGACACCGAAGUAGCUACGACCACACGAGACACAUCUGUCGGUCGAUCUUGGAGAUUGUCAAGGUUGAUAGUGAUGAAGUUAAAGAAAAUGUCCUUGAGAAUGGCAGUCAUAGUGUGAAAAUUGGAAGGACGAAGGUUUUUCUAAGGGAAGAAACGGUGAGUCAUGAAAGGGCUGUGGAAAAGGUUUUUAACAGAUGUAGGACCUAGGCUCUACACCCGCGUCAUAUUAGAGUUUAAGCAUGAUAAUUUGAACAUGAGGGGGGAGGGGAGGGGAGGGGGGACAUGCAUCCUAGUGAGGACCGCUCUUAGCCACGCCCUUUUAAGACUGUGUCCUACUUACCUAUGAUUCUAGCCCCCAUGAUAACCUAUCCGGUACUAAUAAGAGCUUAUAAUCAAAACAACAACAGAAAUGCAACUUGUUUUCUAACUAGUCUAGUUUGCUUUGUCAUUUUUAGAUGGAGAGGUUGGAGCAAGUACGAAACAGAUGUCUCACCAAAUCAGUGUUGAUAAUCCAGAAGUGUUGGAGGCGUCACAAAAGGAGGCUCGAACAGAUAAGGGUGACUGCGGCUGUUUUAAUCCAAUCAGGUGAAAUGCCUAUCUUGGUUUUUCGUAAAGGAAGCUAUAUCGGAAGGUUGAAAAAAACUAAUUGCUAGUGCGCUGCUAGUAAGUCUCUAUUUUAGUCGAACCAAUGGCCCUCCGCACAUUAGCCCUAUAGUAUAACCACUCUGUUACAGAGAAAAUUGUUUCGAAUAAGUUCAUUAGAAACAAAUGGGUGACCGUAGAAGCGAUAAAUUAAGACCCUGUUGGCACUUUGCAAAGAUUUGUUUAAACUAAUAACAGAGCCCGCAGCGGUCGCAGCGCGCGCAGCGUAGCCCCAUAAUUACAGGAAGUAGUAGUAAUAAGUUCUAUCGCUUUAAAAUCAAACACCGUGGUCUAUUUCUCAGAAAGGGAACUACUGAAGAAAACCCGUGUUACUUUCCUUUCGUGUUUAGUUUGGAAAGGAUGGAGAGCCAAGAUAAAUUUCCGGAGAAUUCAGGAAUCAACCAAAGUCAUACAACGCUAUGCGAGACGCUAUUUCGAGGCAAAACGACUCAAAAAAGAGUGCCGAAGUGUUCUAAACUCAACCGGUGACAUGUCCACAAAAGAGGCCUUGGCUCUGAAGGAAAGCAUUUGUGUUUCACCACUGUCCCCAUCUUUUUCACUCCUUGAAACUACUAGCCGUCAUUUUGGUUUGACUUCAAGUUUAGCCUCACGCGCAAUGCUGUCUUGGUUCGACGAGUUUACACCACAAAACCGUAGGUUGUCGCCUUGUAAAAGUCAAAUGAUGAUGAGUUCGAGCAGAAGCCAUGUAAGCCCUCUUGGUCUGUUAAUGGGCUUCGGACAGGGGAACCUUCACACAAGAAUACAGACUAGAAAGCACUGUGUCACGCAGUCCGUCAAUAAAUCGUCCACUAUUAUAUCGCGGCGAGACAUUGAAAAGGUACACAGCUUUAUGUAACAUAUUUCAGUAUCGCCGGCUGUUUUGUUCAGGCGCGCCGUUUGGGUUCUAACGCGUGCAUAUGAAAUUUUCAUGUGGAAUAAGAUUGAAACCCGAGAAAGAAUGUGCGUAGAUUUAACCGUUACAAGCGCCCGAGUACACGCAUACCUGCGUCUAGUGGUGGGAUCAAAUGGUAUGGAAUGCACGGAGAAAGAAAACUUUGCUAUUUUUUUCUAAUAAUGACGCAUACUCUUACUCAAAUUUCAAAAAUGGCUCCUGCGAAUUUUGUUGGCGCAGGCAAACCUCUUUGCAAUCUUUUCAUGGUUUACCGUGUCCUUCAAUAUGUUAUUUCGCUAGGCGCCAUCACGAAACUGAAUUUGUAUCUAAGCUUCCAUCUAGAUUGCAGUUACCUUGUAUCAAACUUCUAUUCCAGGUACCAGUAGCAUUUCAUUACAAAGGAACCCCUCUGGCUUACGCCAACACGAGACCACAUCCGGGAAACACAACCAACACGGUAAGCGAUAAUACCAUACUCUCGGAUGGGCCAUUACUCUAAUAGUAUCAUAUUACGAGAAUUUUAGGUUCCCUUCGCACGUGUAAUACUAACAUGAACAUGAGGUGGCUACAAUUUGCUCUGACCCUGUUUUGGAAAAUGUAGGCCCUCUUAAUCCUUUACACCCUAACAGCAGUAUGCAUAUUCUCCAUACUGUUCUUAAUACUUUUCCUAAGGUGCUGACAAGGAGAAUUUGUUACUGAUCAAAAGCUACUUUUAGUUUGUAAUCAUCUCCUUCAUUCUCAUGACCUUAAUUUGUUAUUCAGGAGUGAUAUUGUUGGGAGAAAUUAGAUGUUGGUCAUUUUAAGGAUUUAGAGGGUUAAAGUGGGCGUCGACGAAGCACAUUGCUUUCAGCGCUUAA